AUGGGCUCAAUUAUUACAGGCAGACUUGACAAUCAUUUUCCAAAACCAAACAGGUUUGUUUCUCUCAUCUUCGCCGUAAUCUCGUCCGUUUGCACUGGAACAAUAUACGCCUAUUCUUUAUACUCUACUGGGUUGUCGAUAAACUGCUCACUCACUGCUGAGCAAACAUCUAAAUUGGCCUCUGGUCUAUCAAUCGGUGGUAUUGUUGGUGGGUUUCUUGGUUCGUACAUCUUAGAUAACAUUGGAUCCGAAUUAUCGUUGCUUUUAGGAUCCGUAAUCAUUUUCAUCGGAUACAGUAUAUUGUUUAUUUGUUUUAGAAAUAGUUUAAGUUAUUUUAAUUUAUUGAAUUUGGCUAUAUACUUAGUUGGUUGUGGAGCACAAUUCGGAUUGAAUUGUGCAUUGAAGUUGACAGUUUUAAAUUUUCCUAAAAAUAAAUCAACAGCUCAGUCAUUUCCCUUGGGUUUUUUGGCUUUAUCAAGUUUGAUUUUUUCAGUAUUAUUCCAAAAAUUAUUUCAUUAUGAUAUUGAAAAUUUUCUUAAAUUUUUAGCCAUUUCAUGUUUCUUAAUGUUAUUCUCAAGUAUUUUUUUCUUGAAACAUGUUAAAAAUGAUGCUAAAAUUAGCGCUGAUAGUAUUAGCAAUCCUAAUAUUAUAAAUUCAUCAACAAAAAUAGUAGAUACAGUAUUGGAAACUGUAAUGAAAUUUGUUUUGUCUAAAUGGUUUUGGAUUCAUUUGGUUAUUAUUGGAAUUGUCUUAUCAUUUGGUCAAAACUUCAUAUUUAAUGUCGGAUUCAUUAUUAACGCACAAUAUCCAAUCUUGGUGUCGAAAUCCAAACACUUCAGUUACUCACUAUCAAAUUUAAAGGCAAUUAAUAUAUCAAUAUUUGCCAUAGCAAACUGUUGUGGCAGAGUUUUGACAGGUUUGUUUUCUGAUUUUUUGAAAAAUAAACUAAAAUUUCAAAGGCUAUGGAGUCUAUAUUUGGGCACGAUCUUUCAAUGUCUAGCACAGUUGUUUAUUGUGAUCUUGCCCAUAUCAUUUUCUAAUUUGGUUAUUAUAUCGUCUAUAAAUGGCUUUGCCUUUGGUUUUGCCUUUGGGGUGUACCCAUCAAUCAUAGCUGAGUUCUUUGGGGUCAAAUACUUGAGCACCAUGUGGUCGUUGGAGAACAUGGGAGUGUUGGUUUCCUUGACUGUCAUCUCGAAAUACUUUGGCAGAGUGUACGAUAGUCACAGCAAUAACAGCAACAGCUACUCAAUCACCAAAGUGUGUCUUGCUGGCAAAGAUUGCUACAGAGAGGUUUUUGACUGGACUUUCGCAGUGAUGCUCAUCGUCUCAAUGCUUGUUCUUGGCCUUAUAUAUCUCAGGAGAAACAUUUCAGACAGAAGCUGA